AUGGUUAAGCAGCAAUGGAUUACUAAAGGGGAGGUAACUUCAGAAUUUUUCCGUGCUAUUUCUAGAAGGAAAAAUCAAGAGAUUUUCUCAAUGUCUUUACAAGAUGGUUCUGUUCUUUCUACUCUCGAGGAUAUACAUAAUGGAGCUGUCCAAUACUUUCAGUCUUUCCUUUCUGAAACUGGGAGUAGUUGUGUACUGCCUGAUUUUUCUAGUUUGGUGCAGCCGAUUGUUUCAGAACUUGAGAACGAGGGGUUGUGUAGCCUUCCUUCAGCCCAGGAAAUUCUUGAAGCUCUAGAUUCCAUUCCGAUGGAUAGUAGUCCUAGCCCUUAUGGGUUUGGUGCAAUAUUCUAUAAGUCAUGUUGGCAUAUAGUGGAUCCGGAUGUUAUUGAGGCAGCUAUGGAAUUUUUUAAUGGGACUCCAUUACCAUGGUUUUAUAAUGCGACAUUUUUUGUGCUUAUUCUUAAAGUAAGUAAUCCUACAAGUUUUGAGAAAUUCAGGCUGAUCAGUCUAUGUUCUGUUGUCUAUAAGAUUUGUUCAAAAAUCUUGGUGAAUCGUCUUUCGCCUAUUCUUCAUAAGAUCAUAUCUCCAGAGCAAAGUGCGUUCAUUACAGGACAUAGCAUAUAUGAAAAUAUUAGUUCGACUCAAGAAUUAGUUCAUGGAAUCCACAAGCCAUGUCACAGAGGGAAUAUUGUGUUGAAAAUUGACAUGGCAAAAGCGUAUGAGUGUGUCUUGGCAUUUCUUGCUGAAUGUGUUGAAGGCUUUUGGUUUCUCUGA